CCGUGUGCGGGCGCCGCGCCGGAGGCAUCUCAAACCCGGGGGGGGGGCUUGAAGGGAGGAGAGCUCCGUCCCCCCCCGCCCCCCCAACCCACCCAUUCACCCCCCCCACACCCCUCCAGCCCCCCCUCCCUCCACCCCCCCCCCACCCCUGCAUGCCCGGGCUGCGAGCAUGGCCCGCAGGCAGGCGCGGCUAGCGGGCAGCGGGCGCUGGUUGCCCUGGUUGGGGUUCGCAUUGCUGCCGCUGGCCGUGGCCCCCGUAGCCGCCCCCGGGGGUUGCCCGACCGCCUGCUAUUGCGUGGCCACCCCGGAGCUGGUGCAGUGCCGGUACGAGAAGUUGGAAGAACCCCCGAGGGAGCUGCCGGUCACCGCGCAGAACCUCAGCAUCUCCGGCAGCAACCUGAGCGUGCUGCCCCGCGCUGCCUUCGCUGCCCGCCCGCUGCCAGACCUUCGCCUGCUCCGCUUGCGCCACGACAACAUCCAAACCGUCGAGGACAUGGCCCUCCAAGGGUUGCCCGCCCUCCGUACCCUCGACCUGAGCCACAACCCGCUGCUCUCGGUGGCCGCCGGCGCUUUCGCCGGCGCGCCGCUGCUGCGCACGCUGCAGCUGAACCAAGCGCUGCUGGCCGCCCCGUUGGAAGAGCAGCUCGCCCUGGCCCUGCGCAACCUCAGCUUGCGGCGCUUGGAGCUGGCGGGCAACGCGUUGCGGGCGCUGCCGGCCGCCCUCUUGCCCGCCGGCUUGGAGGAGCUGGACCUGCGGAACAACUCGCUGCAGCGGCUGGCGGCCGCCGAGCUGCGGAGCCUGGAAGCGCCGGGUUUGCGGGGCCUGCGGCUCACGUUGGGGGCCAACCCGUUGAGUUGCGACUGCGCCCUGCGCCCUUUCCUCACCUGGCUGCGGGCCGCCGCCGCCCGCGUGCCCGAUGCCCGCAGCCUGCAUUGCGCUGGCCCCCCGCCGUUUCGGGGGACCGUCCUACUGCACUUGCGGCCCGAGGGGUUGGAGUGCGCGGCCGCCGAGCCCGGUCAGCUGGAGACGGCCUCCUACGUCUUCUUCGGCAUUGUGUUGGCCCUCAUCGGCAUCGUCUUCCUCAUGGUGCUCUACCUGAACCGCCGCGGCAUCAAGCGUUGGCUCCACAACCUUCGCGAGGCUUGUCGUGACCAGAUGGAAGGCUACCACUACCGCUACGAGCAGGACGCCGAUCCCCGCUCCACCAGCACCAUCGGCACCCCCGGGCUCUGACGGCACCCUCGGCACCCGCCUGCCACGCCGCCCUUCGACGCCUCCGCUCCCGGCACCCACCUCACCCCAUCCCCUCACCAUGGCACCGCCGAAAAUUAGUUUCCGAGGACAAGCCAGCC